AUGAGCUCGCCAGCCGGAGGACAUUUGAUUUGGAGGUUCUUCCAGCUCGGCGGCGAUGCCGCGAGCCAGGACGCCAGCGUGGCGCUCUUCUACGACGAGCGCAUGACCGGGCACCGGAACGUGGAGGACGUAGCCGGCGUCGGCGCGGCCAUCGCCUUGGCGACGGUCCUCGUCCUCUGGCUGCGCGGCGGGGUCGGGGGCGGGAGCGCAGCGCACUGCGCAGGCGCGAGAGAUCGUGAUCCUGCUGACAGUCCUCGUAAAUUUAUUCGUUUAGACGUUGAGGCGCACUUACCGACUGAAGGUCAAACGACACCUGCGGAAGAGGCUCACGGAGAAGAUGAUCGAAUAUGGAACCCUCCGUGA